CUCUGACACAGAGCAGACACACACAGUUUCCCUGUAGAAGCAUCUCCAUGGUGUCCACUCGCUCAGUAUCUCUGGGUUUUGGCUGGCAGAGGAGCUCAACACUCAUUCAUAGACAGACAACAGGCUGAUGCUUAAUCCGUUUCAUCAAUGUGUAUGGUCAUAUUUGCUCCGCUUUGUGCUGUUUUAGCAUUUGCAACAUGUGGGGGAUAUUCUGGCCAGAUAAUGGUUAAAGUGGAAUGUUUGGACAAAAUCCAAAACAACAUCAGCAUCAGUUUCAACUACCCAUUCAGACUUCAACAGGCACACUUCAAUGCUCCUCUGUGUGAAGGAACCAAGAAAGAGACUCUCUUUCUCGAAGGGGAUUAUGCUUCAUCUGUACAGUUCUUCGUCACUGUGUCAGUCCUGGCUUUCCUCUAUUCCCUUUUGGCCACAAUUGUUUAUUUCUUCUACCAGAACAAAUACAGAGAGAAGAACAGAGGUCCAGUAGUUGACUUCUUGGUGACUCUAGUGUUCUCUAGCCUGUGGCUGGUAAGCUCAAUUGCCUGGGCUAAAACUCUGUCUGGGGUGAAGGCAGCCACUGAUGUGCAUCAAAUCCUGCUGUUAAUGUCUGCAUGCAGAGCCCAGGAGAACUUAUGUGAGGUCUUGCAGGAGCCCAUCUGGACAAAUCUCAACAUGUCUGUGGCCUUUGGUUUUUUGAACUUCUUCCUUUGGUCUGGUAAUAUUUGGUUUGCCUACAAAGAGACAGGUUUGCAUAAGUCCACCCAGCGCCAUCUCUCCAGAACUCCCUCUGAGAAACGCGGCAGCUUCAGGCAGUACAGUCAAACCAGUUUUGAUCAAUCUGGAGCUGGUUUUGGCCAGAGGCUCUACAACCAGGCGAGUUUUGACUUAUCAAGCGGAGGCUUCAGUCUACCCCAAACUAAUCUAGGACUGCCGAUGCUGUACGGACAGGCGGGGAGUCCCACAUCCAGAGGCCCUCUCAUAUUUGUCAAUGAGAUGUGAGAGAGACUGUGACUGUGGAGAAGAGAAAGAAAAUAGAAAGAAAUAACAGCCAACUCUGAUGUUUUCUCAGUGAUAACACAGAUCAUUUGUCAUUGUGAAUUUGAUAUUUCUAUCAUGAGACGUAGAAAUUGUGAUAUUUUUGUAGAGAUCAGUCCGCAUACUGUUAUUUAUUCGUUUACUGUAUAAUUAAGUCUUGAUUCUAACUUUUACCUGCCCUUAUGAAAAUCUACCAUAGUUCUUGUAAUUGUUUAACUGUAGCAUUUGGUACAACAAGGCUA